AUGUUAUUAUUUUUCAGUUUAUUUCCUUAUUAUUGUGAUCGGUUUACUAAGUUGAGUGUUAAUAACGAGUUUAAAAUGUGGUACGCUGCGGUAGUGCGGUUCAUACGAAGACGUUUAGUUUUAGGCAUUAUAUUUGCGUCUUCUUUAACUUACUGUAUCGUCAGCUUCCUUAGAGAGGGCAGUAGCAGAGGCAUGAUAUACCAGGAUGUUUCAUUUGAGAGGAAGCCAUUUGUUUGGAGAACUCUACAGGAACACAAUGACACUAUAGAUCAUAUUAUGUGCAGAAACUCUGUCCAAGGGAAAUCAUUACUUGUUGAUGACAGAGGUUACGUAUGUCAUAGAAGUGACAUGACAAAGAAUGGUUGUUGUGACACUGAAGCAGACUCUGCUGACAGGUACAGCUGCGAGACUUGUACAGAAAAUAAUUGCUGUAUCAUAUAUGAAUAUUGUGUGUCCUGCUGUUUGGAUCCCAGUAAGAGGGACAUGCUAGAAGUUGUGCUAUCAAAACUAUCAACGGAAAAAAAUGUACUCUUCCGUUCACUGAGUGAUGACUAUGAACUGUGCUUGACGAAAUGCCGCACCAGUUCACACAGUGUUCUCCACGAGAACUCUUAUAAAGAUCCCAUCAAUAAGCAUUGCUUCGGUGAUGAGCUGCCAAGAUCCCGGACACCAGACUAA